UUUGAUUUCCUGGAAACAAACGUCCGAUAUUGCAAUUCCUAUACCAACAGUCGAAGGUCGUAUCCAAAAAUUUACGUCGGUGGUCAUCGCGCUUCAAUUGACUAUCCGUUUCCGUGUGAAAACGUACGUUAAAAAAAUGAGUUCUGUCGACGAACCGAUGAACCUUACCAUUACGGAGUGUGAAUCCGCCCUCUCGUGCGAAAGUUCUGAAAGAUCUCCCGUUGCUUCUCCUGAACACCGCAAUUCUUACUUUAAAGGACUUGCCAGAAUGGUUAGAAAUUUCAAGGCAAGGGCAUUACUGCUUGAAGAUGAUCAAGAAUCACUUUUUACUGCCUUAAUGAACCUUAGAGAUGAAUGUACAACCCCAUCUCCAUCAAUUGCUGGACUAGGAGAGGAAGCAGUUACUGUAAUUGAUGACUUGACCCAUACAUUGAUGGAUGUAAAUUUAAAAGUAACCACGAAACGUAGCAAUCACGAAGAAGAAGCUCUACAUCAAGUCAACCGUUUGAUUGACCAUCUUGUUUCAAAAGUUCAUGAAGGGCCCAAUACUAAAGAACUGUGUCAUGUUUAUAUCAGAUCUUGUUAUAAAUCAGGACAAUGCACAGAAGAAACCUCUGCGGACGACGAUGAGCAUUCGUUUCAAUCCAUAAUUAUUAAGUGCUCACCAGAUGAUAAACACCGGAUCCGAAAAAGAUUGCACGGGCUAUUAAACUACAUCGAUUCUCGACUUACAGAUAUUUAUUGCCCAAACCUUGAUGCGCAGAAUAAGUAGAUGCUGUACAAAUUAUAAAAGUUCUGGUUUCAGCCAACGAAUUUUGUGAUCUUUAACAAUUCAGCUAUCCGUCAAUCAAACGUCCAAUUUCCGCGAAAAUUGUUUUGCGAUCAUUUUCUU